GGCGCCCCCGGUCCGCGCCGCCGAGUUCGCGGCUCCCUUCCAGACGGCGCCCGCCAUGCACCACCCGUCGCAGGAGUCGCCCACGCUGCCCGAGUCCUCGGCCACGGACCCCGACUACUACAGCCCCGCGGGGGGAGCCGCGCACGGCUACUGCUCGCCCACCUCGGCUUCCUACGGCAAGGCGCUCAACCCCUACCAGUACCAGUACCACGGCAUGAGCGGCGCCGCCGGCUCCUACCCCGCCAAAGNNNGGGCAGAGCUGGGCUGGGCCGCACCGCACCGCACGGGCCCCGCUCCGCUCCCCGCUCCCCGCUGACCCGCUCUCUCCCGUUCCCGCGCAGAAAAGGAGGUGGCCGAGCCGGAGGUGAGGAUGGUGAACGGGAAACCAAAGAAAGUUCGCAAGCCCCGGACUAUUUAUUCCAGCUUCCAGCUGGCUGCCUUACAGAGGAGGUUUCAGAAAACGCAGUACCUCGCCCUGCCCGAGAGAGCCGAGCUGGCCGCCUCCUUGGGACUAACCCAGACGCAGGUGAAAAUCUGGUUUCAGAACAAGCGCUCCAAGAUCAAGAAGAUCAUGAAAAACGGCGAGAUGCCCCCGGAGCACAGCCCCAGCUCCAGCGACCCCAUGGCCUGCAACUCGCCGCAGUCCCCCGCCGUGUGGGAAUCUCAGGGCUCGUCCAGAUCGCUCAGCCACCACCCCCACGGCCACGGCCACCCGGCCGCCUCCAACCCCUCGCCCGCCGCCGGCUACCUGGACAACUCCGCGCCCUGGUACCCGGGCUCCCACCUGCAGCCCCACGGCGCCCUGCAGCACCCGCUCGCCCUCGCCUCGGGGACGAUUUACUAGGGGCCGCUCGGGGGGGCCUCGCCCUUGCUUUUCCUUUGGGCCUUUGCCCCUCCUCGGACGCCGGGGUUUUGCCGUCGGAAGGGCUGGAAGCAGCGGCCGGGGGGGUCGGAGAGGGAGACCAGACAAAGGGGUCCAUGUGUAACGCUUGUGCAUGUAACUUAUUGCAUUUCAAAGGCAACCCCCUCCCUCUUUUAUACAGACGGACCUGGGGAGGGUUUCUCUCCCCCUCCCCCCGCCCCUCUUUUAUUUUAUUUUAUUUUAUUAUUAUUAUUUUUGUUGUUGCUCAGCUGUGGACACUAUCAAUGGUGCCUUGAAAUCUAUGACCUCAACUUUGCCAGAGACUUUUUUCCAACGUUAUUUUAAUCCUGUAAAUACGUGUAGAUAGAGGAAUUAAACUGUAUAUUCUGAAGAAAUAAAAUUAUUUCCACCACCACA